GACAGAGCUGCACUGCUAGUCCACUGAGUGAAUAGAGUUUGUUAAAUCCACUUUAAACUCAGUCCGCAGUAUGGAGUAUUUGAUCGGGAUUCAGGGACCAGACUUUGUGCUGGUGGCGGCUGAUAACGUCGCGGCGAGCAGUAUAAUCCAGAUGAAGCACGAUUAUGACAAGAUGUUCAAGCUGAGUGAGAAGAUCCUGCUGCUGUGUGUGGGUGAAGCCGGAGACACCGUACAGUUUGCAGAAUACAUCCAGAAGAACGUCCAGCUUUACAAAAUGAGGAACGGAUAUGAGCUCAGUCCUGCAGCCGCUGCAAACUUCACCAGGAAAAACCUGGCAGAUUAUCUGCGCAGUCGGACUCCAUAUCAUGUGAAUCUGCUGCUGGCGGGGUACGAUGAGACCGAUGGACCCGGCCUUUACUACAUGGAUUACCUGUCAGCUCUCGCCAAAGCCCCGUUCGCCGCUCACGGAUACGGAGCUUUCCUCACGCUCUCCAUCCUGGACCGAUACUACAGACCAGAUCUGACCCGUGAGGAGGCUGUGGAUCUGCUCAAGAAGUGUUUAGAGGAGCUCAACAAGCGCUUCAUUCUGAAUCUUCCUUCGUUCACCGUUCGUCUGAUCGAUAAAGACGGCAUUCACGACAUGGAGAAGCUUCCUGUGGGCCGCAAAUGAGCCGCUGCUGUUUUUCACUCUCUUUUGUACUAAAAUAACCCUCUGUGCUCUAAUAAAAACGUUGACCCCA